AUGGAAGCGCUCACCGAUUCGGGCUCGGAUCCGCUGCUCUCGGCAGCGCUCAGCUCUCCGCAGCACCGCCGUCAUCCGCUUCUCUCGAUGGACGACGACGUUGAAAGCGGCGAUGAUGUGGAGUCGCCGUUGAGCCGCCACCACAACGACGAUCAUUUCAUCGACUUUGCCGACGAGGAUCGCAGCGGACCGAUUUUCGAGUGAGUCGUCUAUGAUUAACGAGCGGGGGGACAGAUGGCCAAAGCUAAAGCUAAAGUGUUCAUGACAUGACACGUACAUAAUUGAACGAGGGAGAUCGGAGAAAAAGAUCAAAAAGCAGAGUAGAAAAAAGAACUAGAAUGUCUGUUUCAGUCUUGACAUUUUCAAUGUGUACUCUCGGACGUUAGCGGAACUUUUCCAGUCCAUAAUCUCUCGAAACGUGUUGAAGAAGCCCAGUAGGCGGAAGAACUCAACGGAAGAACUCACGGAAGAAUUUUUAUCUUUUUUAGAAAAUUUUUUCAUGGAAUGUCAUCAACUGACGAAAUGUAUAGCAAAGUAAACUGUGCUCAUAGAAAAAUAAUUGUAAAUUUAGCUAUUCAUACAAAAAAGUUAUUCGAGUUGUUCCGUGAAAAAGGGGGCUAACGGAAGGAACAACUCGAAUAACUUUUUUGUAUGAAACGCUAAAUUUACAAUUAUUUUUCUAUGAGCACAGUUCACUUUGCUAUACAUUUCGUCAGUUGAUCACAUUCCAUGAAAAAAUUUUCUAAAAAAGAUAAAAAUUCUUCCGUGUUCUUCCGCUCAACUCUGAAGCCCACAAUAGCAAUUCCAGCAACUACGCAACACUCACCAACCUCCAACCGCUGCCACCGAUCUCAAGUUUGACUUCAAAGGAGUCGCGCUACACGAGACACUCUCCAUCGCCAAAUUCCCAGUCGCUCAAGUGAGUUGGAUUCGUUCAAAGACUCCAAGAACGAACUUUGCACGUCAAACUUUGCAGUUAUUACUUCCCGACCUCGUCGAGCUCUUCAUACGACUUAAAGUAUGAGGAGGAGGAAGAGGAGGAGGAGGAAGAUUCGUCCUCGUCGCCCUCGGACUACAGUAACCACGGAACGGACCUCCAUCACGCCUUCUCCGCCACUUCCACGUUCGAUUCGUUCGACAUCAAGACGGAGGAACAUCACGAAGCUCGCUACGUGGCACCAAUGAUCUCCGAGGCGGAUAGUGUGAGUUGACGGGACGUAUUCAUAGAACAUUAGUGAGAAGGUGAAACUGAAAAAGUAAGACGACGAUAUUUCAGACGACAAAAUCGCCGAAACGCGCCUCGCCGGCCGCUCUAAUGCGUGGAAGUAGUGAAGAAGAGGGCGGGGAGGUCGAAGAAGGCGAGGAGUUGAACACGAAGGAGCUCGCGCUGCAGAUCGCCGGCGAGCUCAAACGAUACUCGAUUCCACAGGCGAUUUUCGCCGAACGCGUCCUUUGCAGGUCAGUUUCGGUUAAAAGUAAACGCGCAAUACUUGCAGAAAUUAUAGAUCCCAGGGAACGCUUUCGGACCUGCUUCGCAACCCGAAACCGUGGUCGAAACUCAAAAGUGGACGGGAAACGUUCCGGAGAAUGGCGAAAUGGCUGCAGGAGCCCGAGUUCCAGAGAAUGUCCGCACUCCGCUUGGCAGGUGAAUUGAUGGAAAUUUCUGUUUCAAAGCGUCUAGAUCUUUUGUUGGUACUCGAGACGUUUCACUCUACGUAGCUCUGAAAAAUUUCUAUACAUAAGCGGAACAGCGUGCAGUCAAAUGGGGUUAUUCAGGCUGGGAAAAAAAAAAGAUUUUUUUUCCGUUUUUUUUUCGUUUUUUUACGUCAAAAAACCCAAUUCAGCGGUGUAAAAAAACGAGAAAAAACGGAAAACUAACAUACGCUGAAUAGCCCCAAAAGAGACCUUCAAUGUUCCAGCGUGCAAACGAAAAGAAGAGCAAACGACGAGCGGCUCUCCGGCAGUCGUGCAACCGCCGGCGCCGAAAAAGACGCGUCUCGUGUUCACAGACAUCCAGAGACGGACCCUUCAGGCGAUAUUCAAAGAGACGAAGCGACCGUCGCGCGAGAUGCAAGUCACCAUUUCGCAGCAACUCAACCUCGAUCCGACGACUGUCGCCAACUUUUUCAUGAACGCCCGCCGCAGAGGUCACGAUUCGCAUGACGAUUCGAUGGUGCCGACUCUGAGCACGGAGCAAGAUCACUGCGGAAUCGGCGGGCAGACGGAGAUGGUCCGACUGGACUCGUCGGUUUGCUCGUCGAGCUCUUCCUCGUCGUCUUCGGUCAGUUCCAUGCACGCACCGACGUACAUUUGCGACAUUAACACCAUUAAUAUACUCGAGGAGGAGGAGAAGCCGAUCAAGUAUACUGCUCAGGUGAGUGAAGAAGCCCCGCUUCUUUUAGAAUCAGCCAUCUGGUUUCAGCUCCACGAGAACGAGCUGGACUUCCCUGCGAACAUUCUCGAGCCAUAA